UGUACCAGCCUACAGCCUGCAUGGAAACGCCCGAGGCGCAGUGGCGGUGCUGGCGGCGCUCCUCCUCCCGCGCCGCCUGACGCCCAGGAGAACGGAGGAGCUACCCCUUGUUGCCGUCAGCACGUCUAAGAGACUGUUUUUAAGGCGCUCAGAGGAGGGAGGCGGGCAGGCGGGGCCACCUGUGCGAAGAAGCUGCCUCUUCAAAGCCGUCGGGGGAAGGGCCGGCUCGCCUCACUCACUCGGCCGUAGGCAGCUGCGGGCAGGAGCGGGGCGGCCGCUCCGUCCCUCGGGCAGACCGAGGCGGGUGAGUGGGACGGGCGUCAGGUCAGCGGCGCCGUGGGCAGGCCGCAGCAGCGGCUGCGCCGGCGGGCGCCAUGGGCGAGCCGCUGUGGUGGGACCAGCUGCGGGCCGGCAGCUCGGAGGUGGACUGGUGCGAGGAGAACUACACCAUCGUGCCCGCAAUAGCCGAGUUCUACAACACGAUAAGCAACGUCUUGUUUUUUGUUUUACCACCCAUAUGCAUGUGCUUGUUCCGUCAGUAUGCAACCUGCUUCAACAGUGGAAUAUAUUUAAUAUGGACUCUGCUGGUUGUGGUUGGAAUUGGAUCUGUUUACUUUCACGCCACCCUCAGUUUCCUGGGCCAGAUGCUGGAUGAGCUGGCUAUUCUCUGGGUCUUGAUGUGUGCUCUUGCCAUGUGGUUCCCUAGGAGAUACCUGCCCAGAGUUUUUCGGAAUGACAGGAGCCGCUUCAAAGCUGCCGUGGGUGUCCUGUCUGGUGUUACUACCUGCCUCGCUUUCAUUAAGCCUGCUGUCAACAACAUCUCGCUAAUGACUCUGGGUGUUCCUUGCACAGCUUUGCUCAUAGCUGAGUUAAAGAGAUGUGAAAACCUGCGUGUGUACAAACUAGGUCUCUUUUCAGGUCUUUGGUGGAUGCUUGCACUUUUCUGCUGGAUCAGUGACAAAGCAUUUUGUGAGAUCUGGUCCUCAUUCAACUUCCCUUAUUUGCACUGUGUGUGGCACAUUUUGAUUUGCCUUGCGGCAUACAUGGGCUGUGUCUGCUUUGCUUACUUUGAUGCUGCCUCUGAGAUCCCUGAGCAGGGCCCCGUCAUAAAGUUCUGGCCCAGUGAAAGGUGGGCGUUCAUUGGGGUUCCCUACGUCACCCUGCUCUGCGCACACAAGAAGUUGCCUGUGAAGAUCACAUGAAGCUGGCCAUGGAAUGGGGGUGGAGUUUCAACUGAUGUUCCAGCACAGACGAUAUUUAAGUAAUGAUAAAUGAAUAGGGUUGUAUUUUGUCUUCUUGCUAAGACAUGUAGCCCUGUGGUGUCAUAGAAAGAAGAGACAAGCAUGUCCUUUCAUCUCUGUGGAGAAGAGGAAGGAAGGAGGAAGGUGGAGGCUCUCAAACACUAACCCCUGGCAUCUCUGGUUGGCUCUGUUUUGCCCUGUCUUUUUGGUGUAGCUUUUCUCUUGAUAAAAGCUCUUCCCACAUACCAGGCAGGGUCAAGGAAUGAUGCUUCUGCAGUAGAUCACCUCUGCUGCUCCUUUUAAGGCCUUCUCUGCAGCAGAAGGCAGUCCAAGAUGCCUACGUGCCAUCCUGUGUCCUUCACAGCUCUGAUAUUGAUGUGGCCACAAGAGUGUGCUGGAAGCACAUGCUCCACAUAGCCUGGCCUGUAACACAGGCAGACGUGGAGCCUCACGGAGGUUGUGGUUGCCUCCCCAAGUACAACAGGAGACUCAGUGGCAACUGGGUAACUGAAUCAGUGCAGUCAGACAGUGUAAAUGCAGUAGCUGACGGAAGAUUCAGUUCCUAAAACGAGGUAGGAGUUCAAGGGGUUUGAAUUUUUCUGUAUUUCCACUGAUCUGUGUAUGCUGCAUAUUUCACUCUUACAGAAACGCCUCAGAAAUCCUUCUCUACCUCUGCGCACAUUUGGUCUUGAAUUUGGCAUUGAAGCUCAUGUAGAAGCAUGAAUGUUAUCUUCUGUAAGAGCUCAGUUCGCUAUGGACUGACAGUGUGAUUAAACUAAAAACUCAUAGGUGCCUAGCUGUACAUCCAAUUUGGGAGUUAACUUUAUCACAAAAGAAGCCCAGCGCUCUGCUAGUUACACUUAAAAAAAAAAACCAAACCAGAUAACCUAUUUAAAAACGAAAUGUGACUUUGGGUUGUGUAUUCCUGCAAAAGACUGCUAGAUUCAAUUUUUCUGUCCGUUUCCAGCCUGUUUUGUAAAGACAAGGGGUGUUUAGACCCAUUUACUUUUUUAAGGUUGUACCUUAAGGUUGAGGUUCAGGAAGGUCUAUGGUUCUUGCAAGCAAUUUGUGCGAGGUCUGUGUAAAAAAAUGAUGCAAAGUGCAGGCAUCUUUUUCAAAUACCAGCAGUUGUGGCUGCUAAUAGCUGCAGUCUUGGAGAAAAGAAGGUCUGCUUUCAUCCCACAAAAUAUGAGAACUGUCAGUCAGGUAAGGCUUUGGGUGUACACUUUUAUUAAUAAAAGUGAUGUUUGAACACUACACCAUGAAAUGCCGUUUGCCCUGUGCUUUGCUGAGAUGUCUCAUGUUGUGCUUGGUUUUUAUCAAUGUGAAACUGUACACAGUGGCAUCUUUAGGAAGUGAGCUUUUAAAAAGAGCUUUGGGAUGUAUUGACUUGGAAGCACUGUAAAACCUUUCAGAUAACUUUUGUAUUUGAAUUUAUGCGUAGCAAACGAGCUAAGAUACUUGCUGUUACACUCAAAGCAAAGUUGUUCAUGGGAGAGCUGCAAAGCAAAUAAGUAGCUUACUGUCAGAUUGACUGACAGAUCAUAAAAGCAGCAAAAUCUGUCAACUGGAACAAUGCAGAUUUUUACCACUUGUUAGUAGAUCUGAGGAAAAUGUGGGUUUUGUACACACAGUCAUAUAAUUUUUCUAUUAAACUUAUUUUGUAAAAUUGCAUACAGUAAUGUUUGUUACUCUUUGAAACACAGCUGCUUUUUCCUUUUCUCCCUAAUUAUGAAAUGCUCAGUUUUAACAAUUCUCAGGUAUUAAAAAUCAUGUUAUUAGAUCAUUAAUCAGGUAGGCUUGCUGACUGGAACCUAGCAAAGGUUGCUGGUGCCUGACAUAGCCCUACUUUGAGCAAGAUUUUUUUAUAUUGUUUGCUAAAUUAUUGUGCUAUGGUAAAUAAGUUAUUUUCAGUAUUGCUUGGGAAACUAGUAGCUGCAGACACCAUGCCUGGAGCCUUCCUACUGAAUAUUUUGUUUGAAUGCAGCCUCUGACUCAGAGGGCUCUAAUCACCUUGCUGUCAACUGCUGUCUUCUGCUCUGCAUAGUCUGACUGCUCACAAAAAAGUGAUUUAUAUUUUUUAAAAAUGUUAGUAGCACACUCAGUUGUUGCAGUGGUGAAUGAAUGCAGGUACAGGCCCAGAAUCAUCUCCUGUAUUUUAUUAAUGAACCUCCAGCCUUCAUUCUCUUCAUGGGAUAUAAUUGUGAACAAAGAUUGCUGUCAGAUAGUCAAAGCUCCACUGGCUGGGAGUAUUCCAUUAUAUCAGCAGCCUACCACUUUUAGACAUAGUUACUGCACUUUGCAUUAAAUAAUAUUAACUUAUAUGUUUUUACAUAUUCUAUAGUUAUUUAAAAAAAAAUUUAAACCAACCAAUUUUUACCACAUGGACAGCUUUACAGAUUGCCCAUUGCACUAAGGCUCCAGUUCAUGGUAACAUUAGUAGCCAAAGCAGUAUGUGAUUGGCACACAAAGGGGCUUGUGUACAGCUUUGGUCAUACACAUGAAUAGACAUGUGCACAAGUGUUACAUUGGAGUGCAGAGUGAUCUAUAUGCACUCUCACAUUUUAAAGUCCCAGAAUGCUUUCUUCCCUUGCUGGCAGGAAGUGAGUUGGUUCCUAGUCCUUAGGUUCAAAUAGUAUUUCAGUUUAAUGAGCAGGAUGCAAUAGCAUGUUCAGCGUAACAUAGGUUCUGUAUAUUGGUGUGUGAUAUCCAUCAUUCUUUGAAUGUUAAACUUCAGAUUAUUUAAGAAAGGAUAUUUAUAUCUCCAUGAUGGCAAACGCUGGCCCACUUCAUAGUCACUAAAAGCUCAAUAAGUAGUAUGUAUGGGGUGGUGCUGGGAUUUUUUUUCAUCUCCAUUGAAGUCUGUAUACUGAAUGUUUGUGGAAAGCAUGUAAUACUUUGCAACAUUAAAUUACAUUUGGAAUAAA